CACUAUGCUGCGCGCCUCGAAAAUGCAUCAUGGCCGAGUGGCUGCAACGCGGGCCGCGUGCGAAUUCACUACCAACCCGGCUGUACUAGUAGGACAUACAUACAUAUGUACUGUGUCCACGAAGAAAACGCUGGGACUCUAUUGAGCAUCAGGCUACCGGUAUUGGAAUGCUGGAGAGUUCUUGGCAUUAUCUUUUUUAUCUGCGUCACGAUAAAUUGUACUUAACUUAUCCAACCUAGCUUAUUCUUUACCCAAACCGCUAAUGGAGGAGUCUAUUUACAAUUGAAUGAUAAUCAUCGAAGUAACAUUAAUCUCAGAGAAACUUCUUACUGAGGUCAUAGGAGAGAUAAGAUAUGUAAAGUGAUAUUACAAUAGGAGUUUCCUAUAGUAUCUUCGGAAAGAAAACUAGUAUGGAAUCUACAAAAUCUAUUCAGCUACCGGAUGGUUACUUGCUGAAAUUAGCAGAUAAAUCUGAACUUCCAGAAAUUUAUGAAUUUCUUGGAAAGAAUUUUAAUCGCGAAGAAUCGAUCGCCAAGUGUCUCUUUGCUGGAAAAAAUUUUGACGAAGAAGAAGAGAAGCUCAUCGAAGAAGAUGAAAAUCUCCUGGUUGCCGUUGCCUUCGAGCGAUCACCUUGUCCUGUAAUUAUUCAUAAGAAAUCGAACAAGAUUGUCGGAGUAAACGUGACAAUUUUGACUAAAAGGCCAAACGGAUCGGAAACUGCUACCUCCCUUUACGGGGAAAUAAAACAAAAAACAAAAGUGAUUGCUGAUUAUUUCAAUUAUAUGGCAAUUAUAUCGGACGAGGCUGAUAUUUUUAAUCGAUAUCCAAACGUGAAAGCUGCAUUGGAAUUUUGUAUAAUUGCCGUAGAUAAAAAUCAUCGAAGAUUGGGUCUGGCUAAGGUCUUAUCAUUAUCUGGACUUGAAGAAUCGAAAAAACUUAAAGAUGUCGGUCUGAUAUUUGGUUUAUACACAUCACCCUACUCGAAACGCGUAGCUGAAAAAAUCAACAUGAAAUCCAUUCUGAAAUAUGAUUUAUUAAGAUUCAAGGAUGACCGUGGCCAUUCAAUAUUUCAAGAUUUAAUACCAAAUAAUAUAUGCUCUGUAAUGACUCUAGAAAUACUAUAAAACAAAAACACAAUAUAUCAAAAUAUAUAUCGUUAUAAAGAAUAUAAUGCAUCAAAAUAGACGUAGGAUCAUCCUACAGAUUGAAUAAACUUAUAAUUUACAUUUUACGAGA